AUCUAAAGAAAGUUCCCAGAAGAGGCCACUCCCCUCUUCCAAGGCCUUCCUUUGCAAGCCAUCAAAAUCCCACUUCCUUUUGCGUUGCCUAUGGGCGGGGCGGGCCAGGUGGACUGCUCUGCCUGAUCCCUGGGCACAACUGGAGGACUCUGGAGUGCAGGCUGGGCUCAUCCAUACUGAGUCCUUCUGCGAAGCUUUGGGGGAAAGCUGGGCUACAGCUGCGCCGCUAGCCAAGGGCUGGGGACUCACGACUGCCGGGAGCCAGCGUCUACCUUGAGGACUUCAGAGCAGAAGGAUCUUCAGAACGGUUUAAAUCAUGGAAAACCACAGCAAGCAAACUAAUGCUCCCUACCCAGGACCAUAUUUGCCAGCUGCGUAUGCCCCUCAAUAUCCACCAGCUGCUUUCCAAGAACAUGCUGCUUACCCCAUACCCCAGUCUGGCUACCAAGGGCCCCAGGGUCCCUAUCCAGGGCCCCAACCUGACUACCCAGUCCCACCGGGAAGUUAUGUAGCUGGUGGCCCAAGUGGUUUUCCUGUCCAAAAUCAGCCAGGUGGGCCUGCAGGGACCCCAUGGAUGCCAGCACCUCCUCCUCCACUGAAUUGUCCACCUGGGCUAGAAUACUUAACUCAGAUUGAUCAGAUUCUGGUUCAUCAGCAAAUUGAACUUCUGGAAGUCUUAACAGGCUUUGAAACAAAUAACAAGUAUGAAAUCAAGAACAGCCUCGGGCAGAGAGUUUACUUUGCUGUGGAAGACACUGACUGCUGCACUCGAAACUGCUGUGGAGCCUCUAGACCUUUCACCUUGAGGAUCCUGGAUAAUAUGGGCCGAGAAGUCAUGACUCUGGAGCGACCCCUGAGAUGCAGUAGCUGCUGCUUCCCCUGCUGCCUCCAGGAGAUAGAAAUCCAGGCUCCUCCUGGGGUGCCAGUCGGUUAUGUGGCUCAGACCUGGCACCCGUGUCUGCCCAAGUUCACUCUCCAGAAUGAGAAGAAGGAGGAUGUUCUAAAAAUUGUUGGCCCAUGUGUUGUGUGUAGUUGCUGUUCAGACAUUGACUUUGAGCUCAAAUCUCUAGAUGAAGAAUCGGUAGUUGGCAAAAUUUCGAAGCAGUGGUCUGGCUUUGUGAGAGAGGCCUUCACGGAUGCAGACAACUUCGGGAUCCAGUUCCCUCUAGACCUGGAUGUGAAGAUGAAAGCUGUAAUGCUUGGGGCUUGUUUCCUCAUAGACUUCAUGUUUUUUGAAAGAACUGGAAAUGAGGAACAAAGAUCAGGAGUAUGGUAGUUUGCUAAGCUUCCUCAAGAAGUGUAAGGACUACAUACUGAUGGACACUGAAUGGAAACUGAGGAAUCAAAAGGAAUAUACCAUGGCUUCUUUCCUUUUACUGAAAUAACUUUAUAUCAAUUAACCUGUGAUGGCUGUAGGCCCUGUUGUACAACUGUGCUCUCAAAUUAGAGUUUAUUUUCUAUAAUUUUGUCAUGUAUUUGUUUUUAUACAUUCUUAAGGUUUUCACUGUGAAUUUGUGAAAAAAAGUUAUAUGAAUUUAUAUGCAUAGAAAUGAUCUUGUCUAUGAAAAGAUGCUUUGACUUUGUCUCUCAUUUCCCAUUUUUGUGGAAACUUGAAUAUUAUUGUA